AAGCAAAAUAUAACGAACCACACGUUACACUCUAGGAAACCAUGGAAACAUUCUCUCUCUCUCGAAACCCAUCUUCCCUCAUAAUUCUCAGUAGACCUUCACUUCCAUCAACCCGACACAGCCAAAUCUCCCUGCCCCACCGUCACAGUUUCAACCCCAUCACCUGCACCAGCAGUGACAAUAAUAGUAGUAACACCAGCACAAACGACGUUGAUGCAAACUCAGUUCAAGCACCAUCAUCCAGUGCUGUGGAAAUAAGCUUCAGGAGAAGGUCGAGAAGGCAAGCAAAACGACAGAGAGAGAGUGAGAACAGCACCAAGGCAAGGGUCACGGAGACUCCUCCCAAGAAAUGGGAGGACAUGAAUUUGAGUGAGAAAGCGAUGGAACUUUACGUGGGAGAGAAGGGCGCUCUCUUUUGGCUCAACAAAUUUGCAUAUGCUUCGAUCUUCAUUAUGAUUGGUGGUUGGAUAUUGUUCAGGUUUGUGGGUCCCGCCUUCAACCUUUACCAGCUCGAUGGUCCUCCACUCGCUCCUUCUGAUGUCUUCAAGUGAUCAUUCAUCUCAAGUUUUCAACUUGCUGAAUAAAAGCUUGGGGUUUUAGCUUCUGAGCUCAGAUGUUCUCCAAUUAUGUUUUUACCCUUUGCUACUACUGUGUGUAAUAGAUAUUAUAUGUAUGAUUCCAGGAGGCCAAAAACCAAUCAGUUUUGUUAAAGAGAGUUCUAAUGUCAUCGCAUUUUUUUUC